AUGUCCAAGAGUUCCGCCGUUCGUUACACGAUCACAGGCAAACUUCUGACGAUUGUUGCCGUGUGUAUCUCGUUUGUCGUUGCCGCGUCCGGUGUCGGCAUCUACCAGAUCCGGAAAAUCGGGCAGGAAAUUGAAUUCAUUGCCGAGGCCGAAGUGCCGUUGACGGAGGCGAUCGGACACGUCACGGCACACAGGCUGGAACAAGCCCUUUUAAUAGAACGCCUGCUGCGGCAGGGCUUCUUCAAAGCAGCGGAAUCGCCUGAUUUCGACACCGAAAGCGAAACGCGACUGCUUUUGCUGACCGGCAUGAUCACGGAAGAAUUUGUUGAAGCCGAGGAAGUGGCUCGUCAGGGAAUUCAGCUUGCCAACACACAGGCUGAAACCGUUGAGUUCAAGAAUAUUUUGCAGACACUGCAGAAAAUCGCUCUGGAAAAUCACGACUUCACCAAAGUCACAACCCAGGCCUUGACGCAGAUAAAAAUCGGAAAUCCCUACAAGGCCGCUCAGCAACUUUCGGAAGUCAACGAAAACCAUUCCGCGCUGAACAGGGAGCUGGAAGAACUUCUUUUCAGAGUGCAGACGCUGGCCGAAACAGCGGCCAAGAUGGCUUCACAACAUGAACAGGAUGCAAUCCGCUUCACGGUCCUGAUUUCCCUGGGUGCCGCGGUGUUCUCAGUUUUCCUGGCUGUCUGGCUUGGACGUCGAGCGAUUGCACUUCCGUUGAUCGAUGUCUGCAACAGUCUGUACCGGCUUUCGAGAAACGAUUUCGAUGCGGACCUUCCGACGGAUCGAAAUGAUGAGAUCGGCGAUAUCGGAAGGGCUUUCGGGAAUUUCAAGAAACAUCUGAUGCAUGUACAGGAGCAGGAACGGCUGGAACAGGAUCGGCAAGCUGCGCUCACGCGGGAAAUCCGGCUUCUUUCUGAGCUGAACGAAUGGCUUCAGUCCAGCAGUUCCCUCGAUGAGUUGUUCGGAAUGGUCAGCCAGUUCAUGACCAGGUUGCUGCCGGAGUGCAGUGGCGCUGUCUAUGUCUAUUCAAACUCGAGAGAUGUUCUUGACGGGGCCUGCGCAUGGAACGGUGGUCAUAUUGAAAGCCACAUACGGCCGAACUCCUGUUGGGGAUUGCGCCGUGGCCGCACGUAUGUCUAUGGCGAAGGCGAAGUCAGUUUUGCCUGUGAUCACGUCACGCGCGAAGAAGAGGGAAGCGUGUAUCUUUGUUUGCCGAUCCUGGCACAUGGCGAAACCGUGGGUCUCAUGCAUCUGACACCGGCAUCGGACACGACAAAUGAGGUUUUCCUCAAAAACCGGAAACUUGCGCAAAUGGCGGCCGAACAGGUGAGCCUUGCGAUUGCAAACACCCGGAUGCGGGAUGAAUUGCACAACCAGUCCGUCAGGGAUCCGCUUACAGGCCUUUAUAACCGCCGUCAUUUCGUAGACCUAUUGAGGAGCAAUCUUGAAAGGUCGCGUCACAAUGGCCAGCCCGUUUCGCUGGUUUCCAUCGACGUCGACCACUUCAAGAAAUUCAAUGACAAUCACGGUCAUGACGCUGGCGACAUGGUCUUGCGGGAAGUCGGUGAUGUGCUGGAGCAGACGUGUCAGGGCGAUCAGGUUCCCUGUCGCCUGGGCGGCGAGGAGUUCAUGGUGCUGCUUCCGUCCAGUUCCAUUGGGAUGGCUGCAGAGGUCGCUGAAACGCUGCGCAAGGCAAUCGAGAAUGUCACGGUUCGUUACGGUGAAAAGAACCUGCCCACGAUUACCAUUUCCUGUGGUGUGGCCGGUUAUCCGACACACGGACGCCUGCCGCAGGAUCUGAUGAAAUCCGCAGACGACGCGCUCUAUCAGUCGAAAGACGGCGGUCGCAACAGGGUGACAGUUGCAGCCAGUGAAUCGGGCGAGGACUUGACGGAUCUUGUCGAAAUGCUGGACGACGCCAAGGAAGAUGGUAGCGAACAAGUCGACGAUGCAGCCUGA